CGGUGUAGUGCUCUGCGGGCUCCCUGCACUCUUGCUACUUUCCUGAGCGGGCUCUCUUGCCAUCAAUACUCGACGCCUGGUUUAACCUGGUUCAGCUUUCGUUGAACUUCAGUAUUCAAUGUCAAUGACACUCGGCGCCGCGAAGGCUCGUCCGUCCGGUAUACCUACAACCGGCAAACCAAGCGCCAUUCCUACCCCAGGACGAACACGCUCUGCCUCGGCUGCCUCCCACAGAUCGUCAAUGGCCACUGAAGAUGAUGAGGCAAUGUCGACCGCAUUCGCAGAUGCCAUAAAAGCGAACGAUCCAGCCCUCCACCGUUCCUAUGGCUCCACCGGUUUAGGGAAACUGUCUUAUCAACCUGAUGCCGACGUACACCCCGCUCGAUCUGGUCGCAAGUCUGUAGCAGGCCGGCCAUCCUCCGUUGCCUCUUCUACCUCUGCUCUUGGUCUGUCUCGUAGAGCUCGUCCACUUACCCCAAACACGCGCUCUGUCAGUAGACAGUCGGAAAGGCGGAGCUCGAGCCGUAUAGAUGGGGUCUUUGACGUUGGAGACUGUGUGAGGAUUGAGAGCCUGGGCUUCGAAGGAGUGUUGAGAUUUUUGGGUGAAAUUGAUGGGAAGGCCGGUCAAUGGGCGGGUGUAGAGCUAUCUGGGGGUUUUUCAGGAAAAGGCAAGAACGAUGGGUCUGUCGGCGGGAAACGCUACUUUGAUUGUGCGCCCAAGUGCGGCGUCUUUGUUUCCACGACCAAAUUAUCUCCCCCGACUGUUGGACCACUCGCUUCAGGAUCCCGGCCUUCUUCCGUGGCCUCAUUACAUGGCGGCCAAACAAUCGCUUCGUCCUCGAGCCAUAGACCACCGUCAGUCUCCACAGGACGAGUCACUCCAUAUGGAAGAGCUUCUACAGCAUCAAUGAGAACCGGUAGGGUCACGCCAUCCUCGUCCUCCACGCGGACUGCCCCUACAUCUGCAACGGCGUCGGCUCCCUCGCGCUACAACAAGACCAGCAUAACCUCCACACCCAAGGCCCCCAAUGCAGAGGCCAAUUCUUACGCUUUUAGCCCUGGGUCUAGAGCUUCUCGCUACGCUGAAAUGACGGCUCAGCAACUGACGGCUCGCGCUACCGAAUCCGGCGGAGCAACAGGGCCAACAAUUCCCCCAUCUCCUCGUACACGUGUCCCCAGCUCACCUUAUUCAGGCUCAACAUUUUAUUCGAAUACCCCUACAUCAUCCGCGAAGACUCCCAAGGCUGGAUUAACAUAUCGUACCCCAGCCAAUAAUCCCGGCACACCGUCCCUCACACCCACUAAGCCCCGACCUUCGUCAAAUGGCCCUCCACGACCCCGAAUUCCUAGCUCUGUUGCCAUGCCUCCACCUCCGUUUCCUAUCACUCGCUCGAUCUCUGCUUCCCUCGAUGAUUCACAAUAUGUUAGCACCUCGGAGGACGGCAAUGUGGAUAUGUCUGAUCUAAUCUCGAACGGUCAAUCUCUACGUGAUAGGAUCGCGCAGUUGGCAUCGGGAAAGGUGUCUUCUUCGUCGUCACCACCCACCAGGCCGCCCUCUACCCCAGCCUUCGCACCAACAAAUCACACCCCACAAUCGGAUACCUCGAUGUCUACCCAGGCCUUACGGCUCGAGCUCGAGAGCGUGCAUUCAGACAAUAAUCAUUUGAGGCGUGUUGUAGAGGAUCUCGAGACACGUCAGGCGGGCAACACGCAAGUCACGGAGACACUGCGUACGGAACGUGAUGACGCGCUCGCCCGUAUCUCUACGCUAGAAGCCUCCCUGAAGACAACUGAACGAUCCUCUAAGGAACAGGCCGUCAAAAUGGAAUCCCUCGAACGUACUCUUGUGAUUGCCACCGCCGACAUGGACAAGGCCCGAAUGGAUGGAGAGUCUCGGAUACGGGACAUGCAAUCCCGGUUGGAUGACAAGGACACCCUCCUUCAAAAUUUGAAAGAGGCUGUAGAACAAAAAGAGGGAUUGGAGAGUGAGACUGAUGCAAUCUUGAAAACCAAAAAUGCCGAGAUUGCGUUACUCGAGGCCCGGGUCAACAAAGCUUACGCGGAGUUAGACGCAGAGCGAAAGGACCUGAGUAGUCAGGUAGACGAACUUCGUCAAGCUGGACAGGAAACCAUCGCUCUCUACGAAGAACGGUUAAGUGCCGCGGAAAGCAAGCGAUAUGAACAGGAGGACAUGAUUGUUUCCUUGCGCGAACAACUUCGAUCCCAUAUCCGACCUCCUUCUCCUUCUUCUACCGCGCGCAUAGCCUCCUCCGCUGCCCAGAUCGAGAAUGAAACUCUGCGCGACCAAGUUUCGCACCUACAAGACAAGGUUGCCACCCUCGAAGAUAACUUGGAAGAAAAUCGCGUCAAUGCGGAUCGGGAAGAUGCAUUACUCCGAGAGAAGUUGAAGCGGGCAAAGGAGAAGGAGGACGCUUUGCGACAGCAGGCCGUUGAUAACGAAAAGGAGAUGGAGCGUAUGGCCAAGUCCGAAAGCACAGCUCGAGGUCGUGUUGAAGAAUUGGAAGAGGCUCUACGAGAAAGUGCUGUUGCUCUCGAGAAUGCCCAAGCAGAAAUCGAGGGUUUGCGAUUCGAGAUCGCGAAUUUGGAGUCUCUGGCGUCCAAUUCCCAAAGUCCGGCUGAACAACUUACUGAGAUGGCUCGUCGAGCCACUGCCGAUCGAGCACGCUACACCCAGGAAUUGGGGCAACUCAGAGGAGAAAUCGACCAACUCAAGUCAGAGAAGGCCAUCAUCUCUCAAAUGCUUGACGACAGAGAUUCCUCUGUCAGCAUGCGCGUCGAUUACGAUAAGGACGAGACCAUACGCCUCAAUGAGGAGCUACGUCAAGAACUUGUCACUGAAAGGAACAUUUCCAUCGAGUUGCGCAAAGAACUGAACCUUCGGUCCCAAGAAGCAGAAUCAGCGCGUAAGAAGGCGUCACGGGAAUUCCUCGCACAGGAUGAUCUGCCAGAGACGAAGCCAGUGUCGCCGUCUUCCUCUCGGCGUGAAUCGGCUGCUGUACGCGAGGAAUUGGCUGGUCUCAAGCAUAUAAUACAGGAGCUACAGAAGGAGAAUGUUGCCACUGUUCAGUUGAAUAGAGUACUCGAAUCGGAAAAUAAGCUUCUAUUGACCGAAACAGAACAGCUUCGUGAGGAGAUGAAGACACUCGAGGAUAAUGUCGAGAAGAGUUUGCUUCGUCAAGAACAGGAGCUUGAACAGGAGGCUUUGUCGGGCGGCGACACCGCGUCACUGUCACGAGCGAUGAAAGAAAUGAAAGCGAAGCACGAGAUGGACAUGGAACAACUACGGAAACGACAGGCCGACAAUGAAAUGAAGAGUGCCAGGACGAUCCAUGAUCUGAAUAAGGAAGUGAGUGAACUAGAGAGCUUAGUUGAAUCUAAGAUUUAUCGCGAGGACGAACUGGAGCAAGAGCUUGAGAGAAUGAAGGAGAAGUUGUCCAGGAGCCAGCGCAAGUCGUCCAAGAACGCGUCCGACACGGUCAGCGGUGCGGUCGUGUGCGAGAUCUGCGAGCAACAAGGUCAUGACAUUUUUGGAUGUGACGUGCUGAAAGGAGAGGCGGCGCCGAGCCGGCCGGUGUCUGCGAUGAGCGAGCAAUCAUCGGAGAAGGAGUUGUAUUGUGAGGACUGUGGCGAACGUGGCCAUUUGGCGACGGAGUGCGCUCACUCUAUGGAUGUGUUUUGAGUCUCUGACUGUGUCUUUGACGGUGUCUUUGUAUGUUAUGGCCUGAGCCGAUAUACCCCGCUCC